GACCUUCGCCUCGGCGGCGGAGGAGCUCGGGGGCCAUUUUGUGGAGAGACGGAGAGCGAACGGUCGUGCGCUGCCCGCCUGCUGGAGCCUCGGUCUCGGCACGGACCCGCACCAGGAGCGGCCGUCUCUUCCUCCUCCUUCCUCCCGUGAGAUUUUUUUGAUCUUCAGCUACAUUUCAGCUUUGUGAGAAACCUUAUCAACAAAGAAGAUGGCUAGCAACGUUACCAACAAGACAGAUCCCCGAUCCAUGAAUUCCCGUGUAUUCAUUGGGAAUCUCAAUACUCUUGUGGUCAAGAAGUCUGAUGUGGAGGCAAUCUUUUCAAAGUAUGGCAAAAUUGUGGGUUGCUCUGUGCAUAAGGGCUUUGCCUUUGUUUCCUUUUUUUCAGAUAUUAAUCUGGCUGCAGAGCCAAAAGUGAACCGAGGAAAAGCAGGUGUGAAACGAUCUGCAGCGGAGAUGUACGGUUCCUCAUUUGAUUUGGACUAUGACUUUCAACGGGAUUAUUAUGACAGGAUGUAUAGUUACCCAGCACGUGUUCCUCCUCCUCCUCCUAUUGCUCGAGCGGUGGUGCCUUCUAAACGCCAACGUGUUUCUGGAAACACCUCUCGGAGGGGCAAAAGUGGAUUUAAUUCGAAGAGUGGACAACGGGGCUCUUCUUCCAAAUCCGGAAAAUGUAAGUGUUAA